AUAGGAGUGAUCGAAUCCACUGGCAUGACAACACAGGCAAGAAGUUCAUACUUGCCAUCGGAGAUUUUAUGGGGUCAUCGAUUUCAGCCCAUUAUUACCUUUCGCAAAGAGACCGAUGAAUAUGAAGUCAAUUAUACUCUUUUUAAUAACACUUAUGAAGUGGAUACUCCACUUUGUUCUGCUGCUGAUCUCGAUCGUAUUCGGACGAUGCAUCGCACAAAAUCUGUAAAAUUUUAGGACCCUGUCUAGUCACCGCGACCAUAUUGGACUCGUGACGUCAUAAGCGAGAAACAGCGAAAAAUGAUACGUAAAAGUUUGUUGCAUGCCAUUUUUAAAUAAAGAGGAUUUGGAUAAAAUUAAUAAAUAGGAUCGCUUUAGAAAACUUGUAAAAAUGGAUGAAAACUGUCCUCUUCCCCCC